AUGUCUAUAGGUGAGGAGUCCAUAAUGAGAGCAUCCGGGAAUUCCCAGCAAAGUGUAGCCGACAGCUACCGUAUCGGAAAGUCAACUAUCAGUGGCAUAUUAUAUGAAACAUGCGAGGCUCUAUGGACCGUCCUUAAAGACGACUUUGUGGCCGUACCCACACAGGAUGAUUGCAUCCGAAUUGCUGCAGAGAACUGGCAGAACUGGAACUUCCCCAUGUGCUUAGGUUCAAUAGAUGGGAAACAUGUUGCUAUCAAAGCUCCUCCUCGAUCCGGAAGUGAUUAUUUCAAUUACAAAAAGUAUCACUCCAUCAUUCUCAUGGCGGUAGCAGAUGGUAAAUACAGAUUCAGAAUGGUUGAUAUUGGAGCUUAUGGAAGAGAAUCAGAUGGCGGAGUUUUCAGUCGAUCACAGUUUGGCAUCAAGAUGGAUAAUGACACAUUGGGCAUACCAGAGUCCGGUUGUCUCCCAGGAACUGAUAUCAAGGUCCCCUAUAUGUUUCUUGGAGAUGAAGCAUUCCCACUGAAGAAGAACCUGAUGAGGCCAUAUGCUGGUACUGGAUUGGAUUAUGAGCACAGAGUAUUUAACUAUCGUCUCAGUAGGAACAGGCGGUGUGUUGAAAAUGCUUUCGGCAUACCAGCAGCAAGGUGGCGAAUAUUUAGAGGUCCAAUAGAAGUAAAGCCAGAAAACGUUGACGUAAUGGUCAAAGCUACAAUCGCUCUUCAUAACUUUCUUUUGGCAAAUGACGGACAUUUCAACCCACGUGUUCGCUAUGUACCACCUCAGUUUGUUGACUUCAUUGGGGAAGAUGGCGAAUUGAAACCAGGGCAAUGGAGGGAAAUUACAAAAACAGAUACAGACUUGCAGGAGGUUGGAAGACUAGGGGCCAAUGUAGCGACAAGGCAGGCAACGAAGAUCAGAGACAUACUGUCCGAAUAUUUCCAAACAAACCACUAA